UCCUCCACUGCAUGUGGUGCUGUAGCUCCACUUUCUUUCCUUCUCCACUUUUACCUUUGACGCAUUGGGACAUGACGGGGUUGUAACGCUUUCGUAAAGCGCUCAGUGUGUGCGUGUGUAAGAUGGGUGAUCUGUCCUGUUGACCUAACACAGCGGCACGACCAGUUUAGAAUCCGCGACUUUCACAGAGCGAUGGACCAGGAGCCCCAGUCGAAAGCAGAGCCCAGUGCCAGCGUCACAGCACCGACCACCUCCACCGCUGGCAGCCCCAUCACCACCACCUCCACGAAUUCCCCUACCACCACCACGACCACCUCUCCCGUCAGCCCUCCUCAGCAGGCCAAUGGCACGGCCAAGAGCAGCUCCGCACUCACGGCGGUCACCACCUUUCACAGUCAGCCUCCGCCCACGGACAGAAAAGUGGUCCAGGUCAAUCUGUUUGGCGACAGGCUGGCUCCCGCCUUCUCAACUGCCAUUUUGUCGUCUCAGCACACUCAAAAAACGGUUUCGGUACCCAGCGUGCCGGGGUCACCGGCGCUUGUCCGAGCCAGCCCGAGCUCGAGCCCUACCAGUGUCAAUCGCAAGAUCUCUCCCCAGGCGCUGCUUGUGGGGAAGAGUCCCACCAGCCAGACCCAGAUGCUCCUGAGGGCUCAGAUGUUGAUUCUAACGUCCACAGUGCGACCUGAUGCGCCUGUCCUGUCCUCUUCUUCUUCCUCCUCUUCCCCCUCCUCUUCUUCACCUCGAUUCCCUUCCUCCCAGCUCCAGAACCUGACACUCCGCCCGCCACCCCCUGGCACUCUGACCAUCCCACCGAAUCUGCCCCUCAAAUCUGCGUCUCAGUGCCACCCCCCGGCCCUGACCCGCUCCAGAGUGCCCACCUUAACUCCGAGACCCGGUCCGCCAGUCAGCUCCCCUGGAACGGAAGCAGCAGCGAAGACGGAGGGCACGUCGGUCCCCUCGCAGCCACCGCCGGCGCCACACAAAGCUCUGCCUGUACGCCAUCUUACAGUGCCGGCUCCGUCGAUGUACGCCCCAGCCCACUCUCAUGCCCUUGCCAAGCAAAAGCUAACCAGCAGCAGUUUAAAAAGACCCCACAGUCAGAUCAGCAUCCCCCAGCACCCGUUCCCCUCAAGGCAGCACCAUCCAAAUUCUCCUUCAGUCGUACCAAAGAAAGCCUUUCCAGAGCUGAAGCGCUGCCUGCCCAACCAGCCCUCGCAGAGCGGCUCGACGCACGUCUCCGCUGUGCCCAUCACUGUGCCCACUCUUAGCCGAACCCACCUUACCCCACCUACGCUGUCCCUACCCUUGACCUCCUCCGCCCCUGCCGGUUCCUUACUGGCCACCAAGCAGCUGUUAAGGAUCGCGCUGUCCUCCGCCUCCGCCCAGUGCGCCAACGGCCAGUCGAAAGUAUCAAAAAUGUCCCCGUCUCACGAUCUCAUCCAGUCGAGGCCUCAAGUGUCUCCCGCACCUGCCCAGUCGCCACAGGCUUCCAACGUGUGCCCGCAGCUGGUGCAGCUCUCGCCCUCCAGACAGACCUGGACCUCCCCUCAAAGAGCGUCCCCUCCCUCUCCGGUUCUCCCACUCGUCUCCACCAGCAGCACCUCCUCCUCUGCGCCUCCGCAAUCACCCCUCGCUUCCUUUACUCACACGAGCGACGCGUCCAAGGACACCAACGUUUCCAAGCAGAAGACAAAACCGGGAGACGACGCUGAGGAAGUGGCACAGGAUCUCAAAAUCUCAGUAUCACAGACGCAAAAUGUGGAACCGGAACCGAACCGGACGUCACAGGGUGCCGGAACCGAUGCCCAGCUGUCGGAAGCUGCGAACAAGUCCGCAGUCUGUAAGAGAACGGUCACUGUUACAGAGGAAAAACUGUCUGAGAAGACCCACCCCGCUGAGCGAGAGGACCUCUGCGAGGACACGUCUGCUCUCUCAGACAAUCAUUCAGCCAUUUCCAGUCUUUCCUCUGACCUGUCGCCAGUCCAGUCCUCUACCGUACGACCCCUGGACGCGUCCCCCGCCAGCUGCAGCUCCCCCACCAAAUGCCCAGCCGUAUCAGACAGACAGCCUUCUCAGCAGUCUUCUUUCAGCGACACGGGCACGGCGGAAACGGCCAAACCGGUCAUCCUCACUCACCUGGUGGAUGGAUUUAUCAUUCAGGAAGGGCUGGAACCGUUUCCGGUGAACAAGUCGUCGCUUAUGGUGGGUCAAAACUGUGGUUCGGGGCUGAAUGGGACAAGUGGGUCGGAUUUGUAUAACGCCACUUCGGAUGACUCGACUGACUCAGACGCCACCGUUACAAACAGUCAUGUCGGAGGCGAACCCAGACUCGUGCUGCAGUGUCAUUUCUGCAAGAGGAAAGGGACGGCUCAGACGUUCGCCCGCUCCAAACGCUUCUGCUCCAAGUCGUGCGCCAAGAGGUUCAGUUACACCAAGCGUUUCCGGGCCAUGAGGCGCUGCGUGAGCGAAGGUGGGCACCGAUCAGAAUUCAACGGCGCGAAGGAUGGGAUAGACGAAGACGCCUUUCAACAGGUAAAGCACAGCACCACACAGCAGUGGAGGAUCCUUCAGCGCCCUCCGCAGGAAGGCGAGAGCGAGGCGGCCGUGCCCAUGAAGACCCGGUUGCGCAGGCACACCGAGCAGGGUGUUGGCGAGCGAGAAGCCGGGACCAGGGAAGCCGCGAGCGAGACCAAGAGUGCUCCGACUUCGCCGCUGGAUGUGGCGGCGCCCACGGAUCUGUCGUCACACUCCAGACCUGCUCAGUGGACUGUGGACCAAGUGUGGAGCUUUAUAUCUAACCUACCAGGGUGUCAAGACAUUGCCGAAUCGUUCCGGGUGCAGGAGAUUGACGGACAGGCCUUGCUGCUGCUCACCGAAGACCACUUAAUGAGUGCUAUGAAUGUCAAACUGGGACCGGCUCUCAAAAUCUGUGCCCGGAUAAACUCCCUGAAGGAAGGAGGGAGAUAAAGCGAGACAAAACGAGACAGAACCCCGACAAGACGAGGAAGGAAAAAAAACCCUGAAGGAUAGUGUGGACUUCGUUUGCCCUUGCAGCCGAUCAGAGCACUUGCCAAUAGAUUAGAGCCAUUAUGUGCACUUUAAGAGACGUGUUGAGAUAACGUGUUUGUAUUUGCUUGAACUGAGCUAGCCUAACAUAACAGUAGCCUACAAGUACCCUUAGCGUCUGUCCGAAAGCAUGAUAGCAAUAUAAUGCUCCCUUUUCCUGUCUGCGUAAAUACCAGAUCUAUAUCCAGUCCUAGGAGGGAAAUGUUCGUGUCUGCUUUGUUUCGUUUAGUUUUUUUUUGUACGGAAUAAUCAUAAUCAGGGUCGUCGAGUUUCUAUUUUUCACAGAAAGGAAAGAAUGGCUUCCUGCGUGUGUUGCGGCGAAGCCGGAGAAAGAUCGGAAGUGCUACUAUCGUGCGCAUGUCCCGCUGUAGAUAUUUUCCUAUCGUACUGUAUAUGUGUACAUGUAUAAGAAUGCAGUGCUUCGUGUGUAUAAAUCUAUACAAAUGUUUUGUGAAGGAUUUGUAAUAUUUAAUAUAUUUGUCUUCUAAGGCUUGAUGAAAUGCAAAUGCGAACAGUUUUUAAGCGUUUUUAAAUGACGUCCGACUUGCUGAAAAGAUUAUGUAGGCUUUAAAAAAAAAAAGAAGAAAAAGAAAAUAAACAGGAUUCAUGUCCCGGAGUCGGAACGGAACACGGCAAAACGUUGGAGGUACGCGGCAGGACACGGCAGUUUCGCCUAAUCGAGGUACAGCAGGGUGGUGCCUUUUUCUGACGUGGAGACCUUAGGAAACUGCUGUAGACAUUGUACUUUAUUAGAGUGUCAUUCAAGUGUUUGUCACGAUUACAUUACCUUUCUUGUGCCAUUUUUAACUAUUUAAUUAAACAAACUACAUUUUGUUACUGAA